UUAGCUAGAGCUACUAGAGCCUUACAAAAGAGGAAAUGCGUCACGACUGCAGUACAGGUUAUUGCUAGUGUGAGUGACACUCAACCCAACUCAAAUCCUGUUUACUUCUUGUUACUGACGUCAUUUGUUCAGCUGUGGUAGUUGCAGUGCGUGAACCUCUCUUUGUGCUUUGUUUCCACUGGAUGGAAAUUUGGUAUUGUGAUUAUUGAACACUUUAACUGUAGUUCCUUUAUUCUAACAAAUCAUCGAAAACGUAGAAUUUAAUCUAGAAUGGCACAAAACCCUACAAGCAGUGCAUUACGUGCUUUAGCCUUGGAAUUCAAAAGCCUUCAAGAAGAACCUGUCGAAGGCUUUCGCGUCAAGCUUGUUACCGAGGAAAAUCUGUUUGAAUGGGAAGUAGCGAUUUUUGGACCUCCUAAAACGCUGUAUGAAGGCGGAUAUUUCAAGGCUUCAUGUGUAGUCCAAGUUCCAUUGAAGGAAUUACACGUGUUUCAAAUCUUGUUACUGGCAUCUGAAUUAAAAGGUGGUGUGGGAUAAUUUGUCACUGUCCAUAUUUGGUGAUUGUGUCCCCUUCUUUCGAGCACCUUUCAAGUGGGAGAGAAUAUAAGAUAUUAUCUCCCUUUUCUUCCAUGUGUGCCUUCAGUAUGCAAUUGGGAAGUAUGUAAUUGUAAUCUUCAGUAUGCAAUUGGAAUCCACCUAGUAUUCCUAGUAUUGCCUGUUUGUCACAACUCCUGUUCGAAAAUAAAAUGCCUAAUAGUGUAUUGUAUUAAAAAUUGAAUAAAGAAGUUCAUUUUA